AACAUGCUUUAACUGACUACGAUCGCUGGCCACAGUUUUCCCACCAUGAUCUUGAGGAAUCCAUCUCGCAUUUGCCAAGCGGCGUGCUCGCGGCCCUGGGGGAGCAGUCCACCGCCGGGACAAGUGGGACAAGCCACUUCCGUGCGACGACUUUGGGCAGAUUCUGGCGGAGAGGGUGAAAGCGGUGAAAGAGAAACAUGUCUAGAACUGUUCGGAUACAGCGCGGGGACGAUGCCAAAGAAGAGUGACUUGAAAUCCAAAUAUCUGGAAUUCGCCAAGCACAUGCAUCCCGAUGCUGCCGGCGAUGAAGUUGCUUUUCAACACUUGCAGCGAUGCUAUGAAGUCUUGCAGGAAGGACUGGGAGGACGACAGGAACCUGAGUGGUUGCGUAAACUGCGGGAGGAUUAUGCCACUUCCAAAGAUCCGUUUCCAUAAGUUUUCAGCUGUGCAUAGCUGUGCGAACCGCAAUCCUGCAGUAAAA